CUCAACUGAGGUGGAGGCAGUAAACAUGGAAGAGAUCACGGGAGCGCAGAUUAUUGCCGAAGCACUUAAAGCUCAAAAUGUGGAGUACAUGUUUGGAAUUGUCGGUGUCCCUGUCAUAGAGGUCGCCAUGGCAGUGCAAGGUGUUGGUAUCAAGUACGUGGGCAUGCGCAAUGAGCAGGCGGCUUGUUAUGCGGCAUCUGCGGUUGGAUACCUCACCGGACGCCCUGCGGUGUGCCUGGUGGUUUCAGGACCGGGGCUCAUUCAUGCCUUGGGCGGGAUGGCAAAUGCCAAUAUGAACUGCUGGCCGGUUGUGGUUAUUGGAGGCUCCUCGGACCAGAAUCAGGAAACCAUGGGGGCUUUUCAGGAGUUUCCUCAGGUGGAAGCGUGCCGGCUCUAUAGCAAGUUUUCUGCCAGGCCUAGCAGUCUGGAGGCCAUUCCAUCUGUGAUUGAAAAGGCAGUCCGAAGCAGCAUCUAUGGCCGUCCAGGUGCCUGUUACGUUGACGUUUCCGGGGACAUGGUAACUGCCAGAGUGGACAGAGCCAGGGUGAGAGCGGCGCCCUGUUGCCCACCCCCUCCCGUGAGCCUGGCGCACCCUAAGGCGGUCACAGAAGCUGUUGCCAUGCUGAAGACCUCUAAACAACCACUUGUCAUUGUUGGCAAAGGUGCAGCCUACAGCAGAGCAGAGGAUGAGGUCCAGGAGUUGGUGGAGCUGUGUGGACUGCCCUUCCUGCCGACCCCCAUGGGCAAGGGGGUGCUGCCUGAUGAUCACCCCCAAUGUGUUGCUGCUGCGCGGUCCAGGGCUUUGCUCCAGGCAGAUGUUGUGGUGCUCCUGGGUGCGAGGCUGAAUUGGAUCCUCCACUUUGGCCUUCCUCCUCGAUUUAACCCUCAGGUGAAAGUCAUCCAGGUAGACAUCUGUGCUGAAGAGCUGGGAAACAAUGUGAAACCAGCUGUUGCUCUCCUAGGAGACAUCCGAAAUGUUGUCAGUCAGCUUUUGGGAUGUUUUCGGAAAGACGCGUGGAGGUAUCAGUCAGACACGAUGUGGUGGAGGAGUCUAAAGGAGAAGAUGAAUGCCAAUGAAAGAAUGUCAAAGGCCCUGGCUGCCCACUCCUCCGUGCCAAUGAACUACUACACCGUGUUCCACCAUAUCGCUGAGCUCCUCCCCCACGACUGUAUCAUUGUGAGCGAAGGGGCCAACACCAUGGACAUUGGACGCACAAUGCUGUACAACCGACUCCCAAGACACAGGCUGGAUGCCGGGACAUUCGGGACGAUGGGGGUGGGGCUCGGCUUUGCCAUUGCAGCAGCUUUAGUUGAAAGUGGUAGGAAGACGUGUCAGCGAGUGGUCUGUGUCGAGGGGGACAGUGCGUUCGGAUUCUCCGGCAUGGAGGUGGAGACCAUGUGCAGGUACAAGCUGCCAGUGAUCAUCAUCGUGGUGAAUAACAACGGAAUAUACAGUGGCGUGGACCCACACACGUGGGAUGAGCUGGGCAAGAUGGGAGACCUGACCACUAUCGCCCCACCUGUCACCCUGCUCCCGGAAGCCCGUUAUGACCAAGUCAUGGCUGCAUUCGGAGGGCAGGGCUUCUUUGUGCGGACCCCGCAGGAGCUGCGAAGCGCGCUGCAGUUGUGUUUGGACGACUGGGAGAGACCCAGCCUCCUGAAUGUGCUCAUCGACCCUGCCUCGGACAGGAAGCAGCAGGAGUUUCCCUGGUUGACACGGUCCAACCUAUAGAGACACGAGGAAGAUGGGAGGAGUCGAGAGACCAGCGAUGGGGGGUUAACUGCCUAGUUCUUCCACUGCAGCAUCAAGCUGAAAAUUCAGGGCCCUAAUUUCACAACAUGGAAAUAUAGCAGUAAUUUCAUCUUGAAAUUUUAAUAAAAUGCAGCUAUUUCUAAGAAAUAUGCUUUUAAUGUAACUGCACUAAUUUUGCAGCUGUAUCAGAGCCACACACUGAAAAGUUUGUUUACCUCUCGUGAUGUUUUAACAAUAAGAAUUUAUACUUUUAAUGGUUGCUUAUGCAUGUAAAAUGAUCCAGUGAGAAAAAGGUGUCUGGAGGAGGCUUGUCCAGAAGGUGGUGCCAUUCUUACUUUUUUGAUUUUUUUGAAGAAAAAAAAAAAAAAAGUAUAAAACUGAAAAAUAAUUGAUUUAUCCUAGCAAUAAUUCUGUCAUUAUCAGCUUUUUUC